GCGCCAAGUUAUCAGCUGAUUUUUCAGUAUACUCUGGGAGUUUAUGUGAGUGUGUGUCUUUGCUAGAGGGACGGAGCACGUUGUGUUUCAUAUACAUUAUCUCCAAAUUCUAUGAAUGUAAUCCCUUCCAUGGAUGGUGGCCAUGGAUGUUGUCCGCCCAACACUUAACAGCUCCGAGAAACCGAAUCACUUACAUUACCUCCGUGAUUUUCGAGUAGAAGCGUGUCCUCAUUUUAAACAACAUCAGUGCCAACAGCAUCGUCCAUAUACUUGUUUUAACUGGCAUUUUGCUAAUCAGCGAAGACGUCGUCCUAUAAGACGAUCGGAUGGUACUUUCAACUACUCGGCUGAUGUGUACUGUGACAAGUAUGACGAAAACACUGGUGUAUGUCCAGAUGGAGAUAGUUGCAGUUUCUUACAUCGCGUAGCGGGCGAUGUAGAACGUAAAUAUCAUUUACGGUAUUAUAAAACUGCGAUGUGUGUACAUCCAACAGAUGCACGUGGUAUUUGCGCGAAAAACGGUCCUCACUGUGCGUUUGCACACAGUGUUCAGGAUCUUCGACAGGCCGUACAUGAUUCUCAGGAAAGUCAAAAUGGCGCCUUAUUAGAUCCAGAAAAUCGCGAAAGGACUAGUUUUGUUGUGGAAGACCCGCUUUGGCAUGACCAAGUUCAUGUUUUGUCGUGCUAUAAAACUGAACAAUGCAAAAAACCAGCUCGCCUUUGCCGUCAAGGUUAUGCUUGUCCAUUUUACCACAACUCGAAAGAUCGUCGAAGACCUCCAGCUGUGCAUAAGUAUCGAUCAACUCCGUGUCCAACAGCAAAGUCAGCAGAUGAGUGGUUAGAACCAGAGCAGUGUGAGAAUGGCGACGAUUGUGGAUACUGUCAUACAAGGACUGAGCAGCAGUUUCAUCCUGAAAUAUAUAAGUCAACUAAAUGUAACGAUAUGCUUGACCAUGGUUAUUGUCCUCGUGCCGUGUUUUGCGCAUUUGCGCACCACGACUCAGAGUUGCAUGUCCAACGUGCUCCAUAUUAUCGGCCAAGUAACAAUCCAGAUGCACCUAUACCGCCGAAACAGAACAACAGUUCUACCAGUUCAGGGAACGCAGAACCUGUAGCUUCUCCUACAGCUCGGCCAGAAAACCAUAUAAUGCAGUCAGUAACAUCAACCGCAACACCCACCUAUUCAGCAGUUUUGAAGCAGAGACAAGCGCCAGGAAAAAAUGCUUCAUCAGCUGGUGGCGAUGAAGGGUCUCAAAACAGUUAUCCAAAAGCUCCGGGAUUUGAACGUGUUCAAAUUUCGCCACAGCGCAUAGCAGAUAGCGCCAUUGGUCGCAUACGAACAUCUUCAUUAAAUAUGGGACAGCUAGAUCUAGGAUAUUCAGUAACAAGUGCUAACGAAGCUUUAGUAUCAUCGUUGCCCACUUUCCCAUCACUGAGUACUCUUGCUCGAUCCACAUCAGAUGCGCCGAUACGCGUACUGCCGGCAGCGAUUGAUGAACUUUCUUUGGAUGAACUAUCAAGCAGUGCACUCUCUCCUAUAUCCGAACAAAAAGAACACAAGUUCUUGUGUGAUUUUUUUACCAACCCACCUAUGACGUCUUCUUCACCAAUGCAAAUCCCCAAUUCGAACUCACCAUUUGGCUCUCCACCGCUAGCUUCCCUUGGCGAAUCAUUGUUUCAACAAAAUAAACGGACUCUUGAUUUGCCUUCAGCGGCUCCACAGUUGAAGGGGUUAAUGGCAUUACCAGGAACGCUAGGUUCAGAUCUUUUGAAAACGGACUUAUCAAUGCCACAACACGAAAUGAGCAAGGAGGAAUUACAAAAGGAAUUAAAGAGGAAAUGUGAGGAGCUCGUUGCUCACCAUCAGAAAUUAACUGCAUGGGAAGAAGGCCUGAAACAAGCACGUCAAGCUUGCGAAGCAUGGAAAAAAGACGCCGAGUAUUAUCGUUGUGUUGCAGAACAGGCAGAAGUUGACAAAUCAAAAGCGCUGUAUGAACGGGACCAGGCACUACUACAACUUGAUUUGCUCAAGCGUGAAUUGCGAGUAAAUACAGCAGUUCGACCGCCGUCACCGAUAGAUUCUUUACAAAAUUUCUCGUCUUUAGGAUCAUUCAAUUUGUUUAUGCCGAUUGAAACCGAUGUUCAGAAUGAAAGCGGCGGUCCGGUAUGUGCCCGCUGUGGGCGCGAAAAAAGAGCCGAUUCUAGGAAUCCUUCUUGCCGCCUUUGCUGUAGUUGAUUUUUACAAAAUUUCCGUAUACGUAAUCAUAGGAAAAUAAUCUUUUUUACGUGUUCUUUCUUUUCCUGCCCCCUGUUUGAUGAAUUUAAAUACAUUUAGAGUUCCAGCUUUUCUGUGAAGUUGCGCGGUGCUUUUUUUAUUUCCAUGUACGCAAAUUGUUUUCUUGGAUUUUUCAAAACUUUCUUGUCUGUUCCCGAUUAUAUUUCCAAAAAGGUGUUUUAUUUCUGUGACAAGCUUUAUUGUACAUAGGUUUUUUAAAUAGGGCAUUUAUCACUAAUCAUUCGCUUUGUAAUACGAUGGUCAGAAUUUAGUUUUAAUCCAGUCAAAUAAUUCCGGUAUUUUUUGAUCAGGUAGGAUUUUGUGUAGCACCCUCUUUGGAAUCAGAAAAUAUGCAAGAGCGAAAGUUCUUCCUUGAUUGACUAGGCCAGCUUCACCAGACUGUCAGUGUUAUAUAACAGACGUGCUCUCGUAUUAUAAAGUCUAACGACUCACUUUUAAUGCUGGUACCUAAAGCAAUCGGACAGAUGAUAUAGGGCUCACUAAAUAUAAGUUCAAGAGUCCAGCGAAUUAAGAGUUUGUUCUUCGUAGUGUAAUUUUGUGUAACUGCCAUCAAAUAUUUGAAAUGAAAAGCAGAGGGAAAAAGGCCUUAAUAAGAUUUCAGAUAUUAAAUCAGGGUUUCGCCUGUUCACAGCUGAUUAACUGAUAUGUCCUCUUCAUGUACAGAAACUUAUGAUUGUCCGGAUUUCACAUACUUGUUGAAGAGGAUCUUUGUUAUUUACAAUAAACC